UUUUUCUCUCUCUCUCAACCGGUAUAAACUUGGUGUUUUUAUUUUCCGGCCAUAUUCUGUGAGAGCGACCAAAGAAAGCAGCGACGGAAAACAGCCCUUAACCACUCUCUCUCUCUCCCAAAGCUCCGAUACUUCUCUCUCUUCCUCUCAAAUUUCCCCUAAAAAUUCCUACAGUCCUCUGAAAAUCCGGCAACUCCAUCUGCAAUCGGCGGUUUGGAAUCUCCGGUAAAUGGUGUGUGCGUAGGCCUCUUGAGACGAAGAACGGAACUGGUCGAUAAGAAUGCGGUCUGAGAGAUCGAAGUCUCUUCACAAUUUCAUGUUGCCGUGUUUGAAGUGGGGGAGUCAGAAGCACUUGAGGUGCAUGAAGGUGAAUUCUAAUGGCUUACAGGUCUCCAGCGUUAAUCGUCAAUCUCACUCCUCGAGAUCGGAGGAGUCUACCGAGAGUAGGAGCCGAGAAUCAGGGUUGGAGAUGCGGAUGUUCUUGAAGGAUUUGGAGAUGAGACCGAAGGUUUUGAAAUCGAGAAUCAAGAAAACUGACGACGACGGGAUCGAGGCGGUCAGAGAGAAGCUUAUGUUUGAUCUGAAGACGGCGGCCGAUAAAAUGAAAGAGGCGAUUUUAAGUAAGGAGGCGGCGGUUGCUGGAGAAGAGGCGGAGGGGAAGAAGAACGAUUCUGCCGGAAUGGAAGAGACGCCGGCGGCUGUUGCGUUAUCGAUAGCGGAGGCGAGACCUUGGAAUCUAAGGACGAGGAGAGCCGCUUGUAAGGCUCCUAAUGUUGACGGUGGCGGAAGUAAGAAUUUGAAGAUUGAAGAGAAGAAAUCGAAUUCCGAUUCCCCAUUGCGAAGCGACGGUGGUGCCAAGUCGCCAAGGCUGAAAAUUGGGCCGGAGAAGAAGAAGAAGGUGAAAUUGGUAGUGCCGCUAUCGAAGAGAGAGAUCGAUGAAGAUUUCAUGGAAAUGGUGGGACUCAGACCACCGAGGCGGCCCAAGAAGAGGACCAGAAUCGUACAAAAGCAAUUAGAUACGCUCUUUCCUGGGUUAUGGCUAUCGGAGAUCACAGCUGAUUUGUAUAAGGUCCCUGAGUUACCUGAAAACGGCAAGGUAACGAAGGCUUAAAGUUCUACUUCUUUGUGAAGAUUCAAAGACUUUUUUCUCAUUCAUCUGCUGACUCCAGAGUAAUUCAUGCGGUUGAUUGGUGAUCAUGCUCUGUGCCUUGGGAGUUUGGUAUCAACCACUGUUGAAUCUCACCCAAUAACUUGCGGUGUAUGGUCUUCCUAUACUUUCAAAUGCUAAUUUUUGUUCAUAAAUUAAUUUGAUUUCACUUUUGCUAGUCGUGGAAUAAUUCACAAAGAAUAGGAUUGGUGGAAUUUGGAAUUGGAUAAAAGGACAUUUUCUUCAAUGAUCUUGAGUGAUAUGAUGUCUAUGGAAAGCCCUGGUCAAGAAAUGAUUGUGUAGCAUACUGUUACCAUGUGAGAAUAUCAGAAAGUUGUGCUUGAAUAUUGAUGCACAUUCAUGUAGUUACUUACAGAAUAGAUUCAAUCAAUUUCUAUUAGAAAUAUCACAAUUGUUGUGUUAACAGAUCA